GCCGCUCUCUCCCGCAGGAGGCGGCCAGGCGGGGUCGGAGGGCGCGCUGGACAGAAGGUCAGUGGUGGCGGGUUGCCGGGCGGUCCAAGUCUUCGCCACCCAGCAGACGCCCUAAGCUCGCCCGCGGAGCCAAUUUCUCGGCCCGCACGUCCUGCCCUGAACACUCCACCCGGAGCCCUCCGCCUCCCCCAGUUUCUCGGUGUCCCUGCUCUCCAGACGCGCCCGUUGAGGAACGCGGCAGAGCCGCUGGGCGCACAACCGCGCCUUCCGGGCCGCCGUCGGCCUCACCGCGGUCUGCAGCCGCACGGAGCCCCCUUUCAGGUAGUAGGUCCUCAUUGGUCAAGAUGUCUUCACCACCAGAGCCUCCAAUGUUUAAAAAGGAAACACCUACAGAGAAAGCCUUUCAGAACCCAGGGCUCAGAGGAGUGCACACGACGACCUUAUUUCGAGCUGUGAAUCCAGAGCUCUUCAUUAAACCUAACAAACCUGUAAUGGCUUUUGGAUUGGCAGCCCUUUCAUUUUGCAUGGCUUAUAUUGGUUACCGGCAUGCAACACAAGAGAAUCAGAAGGACCUCUCUGAAGCUGUUGAUAGUGAGGGGUACCGUCACCUGAGGAGGAGAACCUCUAAGUGGGACUGAU